AAGGAUGAAAUAGGAAGAGGGACAAGUACGUGCAAGGCCAUGGGGGCAAGAGAGGUUAUUUUGUUCUGGGGGAACAAAAAACUAGUUGAAUAUGUCUAGAACACGGGAUGUACUUUAGAAAGUAACAAGAGAUGAGGUUAGAGAAAUAGGCUGGGAUCAAAGUAUAACAUGUCUCUUGUGUGUGAUAAAUAAAAUAUUUACAUUUUAUUUAAAGGCAAUGAAGGAGUCUUUGAAUAAACUUUCUAAUAGUUUUUUCUAUUUUCUAACUUCAUAAACUCUAUGUUGAAGAAAGUGUGCCGGAUCAAAGGUCUCACAAAAUAGUAAACUUUUGGAACUUACUCUGACCUGAUGUUAUACUCAUGGAGCUCUGUGAGUCUUUUCAGGCAGGAAUAAGUCUCUGUGCAGCGAGUUCCUAAUUAAACAGAGACCUAAAACCAACAAAAGAGAGACAAUGGGUCUAUGUUCACUGACAGAGGAACUGGGAAUGACAUGGGUAGUAACAUCGCAAUCACUGCCAUCAGGUAAAUGAGUGUUUGGGUAGGGGUGCAUUUUGAUUCUGGGAGACUUUCAUAAAAAUUAAAGGAUGGAAAGUAGGUUGCUUCAUAUUUGCAAAGUAGCUUCUGUUUACAGAAAUUAGUUUAUUUUAUGAGUUUCCUUCACAGGAAAGAAUGAAACUCUAACUUAUUCCUAUCUCUUGACUGACGCCAUAGCCAUUUUCAUGAUUUGUGGCAUUGCCAUUGAAGACAUCAAUACCUUUCAGUGUUUUUAGUCAUGCUGGAGAGAAACAUCACUCUGGUCAGUGAGUUCAUCCUGGUGGGCUUCCCCACUGCGUCAUGGCUGCAGAUCCUUCUCUUCUUCCUCUUCCUUGUGGUCUACCUGCUGGUGAUAGUUGAGAAUCUUACCAUUAUGCUCACUGUUUGGGUCACUGGCUCCCUCCAUAAACCCAUGUACUACUUCCUGAGCAGCAUGUCCUUCCUAGAGGUCUGGUAUGUCUCUGUCACAGUCCCCAAGAUGCUGGAUGGAUUUCUCCUGCAAAGACAGCACAUAUCCUUCACAGGUUGCAUGACCCAGCUCUACUUCUUUAUCUCUCUGGCCUGCACAGAGUGUGUUCUCUCGGCAGCCAUGGCCUAUGAUUGUUAUGUGGCCAUCUGCCACCCUCUCCAAUACCCGGUCAUCAUGACUACAGGUUAUUGUAUGCAGCUGGUGGCUUUCUCCUACAUGAGUGGCUUCAUGGUCUCUGUGAUCAAGGUUUAUUUCAUUUCACACAUCACCUUCUGUGACUCCAAUGUCAUGAACCACUUUUUCUUUGACAUCUCUCCAAUCCUCAAACUGGCCUGUAAAGGCAUGUCCACAGCUGAGCUAGUGAACUUUGUCUUGGCUAUUGUCAUUCUUAUGUUCCCUUUCAUCAUCACUGUCCUCUCCUAUGUCUGCAUUGUCUCCACCAUCCUGCAUAUACCCUCCACCCAGGGAAAGAAGAAGGCCUUUUCCACCUGUGCAUCCCACCUCGCUGUAGUAAUAAUCUACUACACAGCCAUGAUUUUCAUGUAUGUUUGGCCCAGGGCUAUUGCAUCCUACAAUUCCAACAAACUAAUCUCAGCUGUGUAUACAGUCCUCACACCUAUGCUAAAUCCGUUCAUCUCCUGUGUAAGGAAUCAGGAAGUCAAGAAGGCUAUGAGAAAGACUGUGGGAGGUGGGCAGUGCCUCCUCAGCUGAGCUCUGCUGUCUUGAGGAGGAGACAGUGUCACUACCACGAUAUCAUUUCCAUGACAUUUAUCAUGUCCUGCAUA